GCCCCCUUUCUUUAAGCCCAAGGUAUAUAUAAGUCGACUUUACCUGCUACAGUACUAUACCUGGUGUUCCCUCGAGAAGCUACCAUGAAGAUCAUCGUUCUUGCCUGUCUUGCCGCCGUGGCUGUUGCCGCCCCUCAGCUCCAGGAGCGAGUGGUUGAGCUCCUUCGCGAUGAGCGUGUAGCCAACGAGGACGGCACCUUCUCGUACGUCGUGGAAGCCGACAACGGCAUCAACACAGCCGUUUCUGGUAGCAUCGGAGCCGAAGGCCAGAUCAACCAAGAGGGAUCUUACACCUUUAUUCUCGAGGACGGUACCCAGGCUAUUGUCUCUUUCGUGGCCAACGAGAACGGCUUCCAGCCCCAGUCCAGCAUCCUGCCCACUCCCCACCCUCUUCCUGAACACGUCUUUGAGCUGCUGGAAAUCGCAGAGCGUCAGCGCGCUGAGGGCAUCGUGUUCGAAUAAGGGAUGGAACCAGGAUUGAAGAUAUAUGGCAAACAAAUGUAACUUGAUGGAAUAAAUCGUAGCACUACUUA